UCCGUUUUCUUCGCAGCCAGCGGAAGUACAAAACCUCGACCUUCCAUCUUUCCCCAAACCCCAACCCUCUAUCUUCCGCUCCCUCAAGAAUCUAUAACCCCAUACCUGCACCGCUCUUGGCACCACAGUUCACUGUUUAAGGAGUGUGGUGUUUGGAAAAUGGCGAAUCGCUUGGACAUGUCCCUCGACGAUAUCAUCAACUCAAGUAAGAAGUCCGACGGUUCCAAUAUGCGGGGUAGGGGUUCUCGCGGCUCGGUUACAGGCCCUUCUCAUCGCUUCUCUAACCGCGCCGCUUAUCGAACGGCUCCGUAUCCGGUUCAAGCGCCCUAUGCUGGUUGGCAGUACGACACGUUCAUGGAAGAUGCGGGGGGUUUCAUGGCACGAGUAGGUGGGCCUUCCUCGAUAGAGAGCGGGACUAAGCUUUAUAUUUCCAAUUUGGAUUAUGGGGUUUCGAAUGAAGACAUCAAGGAGCUCUUUUCAGAGAUUGGUGACCUAAAGCGGUAUGCAAUUCAUUAUGAUCGGAGUGGAAGGUCAAAGGGAACAGCUGAAGUUGUCUUCUCAAGGUGGAGUGAAGCUCUGGCUGCUGUCAAGAGAUAUGAUAAUGUUCAACUAGAUGGAAAGCCUAUGAAAAUCGAUAUUGUCGGACCAAAUAUCAUGGCACACUCUGUUCUGCCUUCAGCUACAAAUGGAAUGUAUGUAAAUCGAUAUGGAGCUGCUAGAAGAGGUCGAGGUAGAGGUAAUGGAAUGGGGCAGCCUCGUGUUAGUGGCCGUGGAACCAGGAGGGGUCGUCAGGUCAGAGGUUAUGGUGAAAAAAUUUCUGCCGAAGAUCUUGAUGCUGAUUUAGAUAAAUAUCACAAAGAAGCAAUGGAAACAAACUGAAGAAAUCUUUAUUCGGCUUAUCAUCUGCUGCAGAACUUGGUGUCUUUGAUAACCUUCAACCUUUGUACAUGUACUUUUAUGAAUAUUAAUCAUGCGAGGCAUUUUAGCAAAGGAAAAGCAGUCAAUAGAUUCCAUGACUUUUCUAAUUUGGAGGCUUGAGUCUUCUAUUGUGAUUUUUCUAUGACUUUGUCUUGUUUCAUUGUGAUUUUUCUAUUUUUGUCAAUCCCUUCAAUUCUAUUGCCUGAUGGCAAAACUAGGAAGGCUGGAGAAGGGAAUUAGUUGAAGGUUGAAUGUGGAUGCAGAAGUGGAGGUGACGCUUUCUAUGAUUAUCCAUCAAAUCAGAAUCUUAGAUUCUCCUGCUACACAAGGAUCAGAAAUGAAAUCAAGGUAGAGGAAUCCGAGUGACGGGUUUCUUCCAAAGCUACCAUCAGCAACAGGACUUUGACAAGCAAUGAAGACCAGACUUAGGAUAGCAAAAAUUUGAAUGUUCAUAUGGAUGUUAAUGCAUUUUGGAGACUGAUGAUACUCAGUUGAAAUUUCUGAAUUGUCAGCCAAAGGAUCCUUCACGAACUCCGGUAUAUGCUAACGCUGUCAUUUUGCAGUAACUGAAUAAGAUUGCUAGAAAGACGGUAGCAGCAGCUUCUGUGGUUUGGUUUUAUGCUAGCAGGCCUUCUGUGUAUCCUCAAAAGUCAUUCAUCCUCAUAUAGCAGCACAAAA